AUGUCAGACUCUAACAAGUUUACGCUCCGUUGGGGAAUUCUCGCUACAGGCGGCAUUGCAGAAGCUUUUGCCAAGGACCUACUCGCCGAUCCAGCUGCUCGUGACACUCACGAUGUCGUACACAAAAUCGUAGCUGUAGGUUCUUCGAGCUCUGUGGACAAAUCCAAAGAGUUCAUUACCAAAGUCGGCGCCGAUUCCUCCGUUAUUGCAUGUGGGUCUUAUGAUGAGCUGGUCAACAUAAAAGAAGUAGAUAUCAUUUACAUUGCUACACCGCAUAGUCAUCACUACAAGAAUGGCCUUCUCGCUCUCGAAGCAGGGAAACAUAAAGCAUUCACGGUCAACGCUCGCCAAGCGGCACACCUCGCCAAGGUUGCACAGGCCAAAAAACUUUUCCUUAUGGAGGCAGUUUGGACACGAUUUUUCCCUAUCAGCAAGGAAAUUCAAAGGUUGAUCCAUGAGGAAAAGGUUCUUGGAGAAAUUCGGCGAGUAUUUGCCGAUCUGUCCAUGGUUUUCAAGCGGGACCCAAAUAGCCGGUUGUACAGCCCAGAGCUAGCCGGAGGUGCUUUGCUCGACUUGGGCAUUAUCCAUUCACUUGGUAAAUUAUAUGCAUACAGGGCAUUCAUGACCUUGCAUGAUCACCCGGAUAAUCAGAAGACUAAGCCAAGCGUGACCGCCAGCAUCCUGAAAAGUCAGCUCACCCCUGUCGACGAAACUACAUCUGUUACUCUGACUUUCCCGAAACUCCAUGCGACCGCACAUUUGACCUGCUCGAUGACCUCCAAGAUCGUGAAACCUUACUGCGUUACGAUCCAGGGAGAAAAGGGUGAAUUACAAGUUGCACCUGCACCUUACCGUCCAGAGCAGUUUGUGUUAAGUUUGUAUGACCAAGAACCCAAGACAUUUGAUUUCAAGAUUCCGGGGCAAGGUCUAUUCUGGGAAGCAGAUGAAUGUGCUCGACAAAUUAGAGACGGAAAGCUCCAGUCGGAGAGAUUCUCGUUGCAAGACAGUAUUGUCUUCAUGGAGGUUUUGGAUGAGGUCCGCCGACAGGGAGGCUUUCACUCUGCCAAAUCUACUGUCAGGCUCAUCCCCUCGGCAGCUAGGAAUAUACAUUCGUCUCGUUGGGCGCUCAAGCCCAUAACAAAUUCCUCAAUCAAUCCUGACGAAAUCGCUCAUUUUUCUCGACUUUCCUCUCAGUGGUGGGAUGAAAGUGAUGGAGCCGAGUUUGCACUCUUGCACCGAAUGAACCCAGUUCGUGUUCAAUGGAUAUUGGAGAAAUUAGAAGAAGCGCGCAAAGAUGAUGCGAAGGACGAGUGGACCGAUUGGCGGUCUCCUGCCAAAGUGCAGGCUCCGAAAGUAGGUCGGCAAUUGGAAGGUAUGAGCGUACUUGAUGUGGGGUGCGGUGGAGGGCUGUUAUCCGAGACGCUCUCUCGGCUCGGAGCCCGCACAACAGGUAUCGACGCCUCCCAAAAUAAUAUUCAUAUCGCCACGCUCCAUGCUUCCGAAGAUCCUUCCUUUGUUUCGGGCGAGAAUCACCUCGAGUACAAGCAUACCAGCGCAGAAGCACUUGUUGGGAAAGAGGCCCAGUUUGAUGUCGUCUGCGCGAUGGAGGUUGUGGAGCACGUCGACAACCCGGCGGAGUUCUUAAGGAAUUGUGGGAAGCUGGUCAAACCCGGCGGACAUUUAUUUAUGUCGACCAUAUCCCGUACACCAAUUUCCUAUUUUCUUACAGUUCUUAUGGCCGAGCGUAUCCUCGGCUUGGUAGAGCGCGGCACUCAUACGCACAGCAAAUACGUGAACCCUUCCGAGCUCAUCGCAUUCUUUCGUGAUGAUCCCCAACUACGCUGGAUUUCGCGAACGUACGGUGGUGGUGUAGGUGAGCUCGAUAUUGCAGGCUGGUUGGGCUUUGGAAAGGACAAGCCCGUAGGGGCACCGACGAGGACCGAAGCAGAGGAAGCUGGGAGCUUUUACCGAGGGAAAGCCACAACGGGCUUAGUGUAA